AUAUGAUCGCUGUGUUUCGUGUAUAAGUCGGUGGGAGUGGCGGUUUUACUCUGAUACAUUUAAACGGAAUUUUUCUCCCGGAGGGAUGUGCAUGAACGUUUCGUCUCUCUAGCCUUUUCUCGUGCUCGGUUCACAGCCUGUUGGAUAGCAUUAUCUGUAUGAAUUUGGUGUUUUGUGUGCUGGUUUUGUGCUUAGUUAAUUCUUUCGGCUUCGUCAUGACCGAUAAUAGGUUCUCUGUUAACUACAACAACAAUGAUACUCAGCCGUACGUCGUCGGCAUACUGUCUCCAUCGACUACCUUGCGGAUUGACCAAGCGUCCGACAAUGGAAACAUUGUACCGCCGACUGAUAUCAAUUUGGAACGAAGGAAUACUAAUUCUUUCCAGAUCACGAGCGUUACAGUUCAGGGUUCGCGACGGAACGAUGACAUGGCCUACGACAGUGCGGAUGAUUUGGAUGAGAGUCAUACUGAAGAUUUGAGUUCGGAUGUUUUGGAUUCCUCAAGAGCCGACAUCGAAGGAUACCAUUCGGAAGACAACUUGUGUGACGAUCUUGCAUCGCCAUGCGGUCCCAUCAUCUUCACCCAAUUGCCGGAUCGGAACAUGAAUCUUAGUAUUGGUGUUACUCCAACGUACACCUCUGUGGGUCCCGUGGCAGGGGGUGUAACCAUGAUGACCAGUAAAUCGGAGAGUCCUAUCAGCGCUCAGGUUCCGAUUAUGAACCCUUUACCUAAUAACUGGCAGCGGCGAUUCAAGGUUGUCAAAAUCAUCAGUAGCGAACCUUUCAAAAGAGGUCGUUGGCUCUGCAUGGACUUCAAAGACCCACCAGCUGACAUCGAAUCCGAGAUCAAGCCGGAAAGUAAUGGUCCGAAUACACCACCACCCACUAUUCAGAUUACCAACUUCGAUUCAGAUGAACGUCAAGAUGGUUUCCUGAAUGUUGGGAACUUCGCGCAGGUGUACCAGAUACCAAUCAACCAGACCUACAGUGGUAACUUUAUCAUGGGAGAACAGGAACAUAUGUAUGGCAUUAUCCUGCCCCAAAAUGAGUAUUUGCAGCCCGUUACCCUCGUUCAGGAUUUGAGCUUACAAACAACCACUGAUAGGAACUUUAACAAUAUUGUCAACCACCAGAUGAUGAUGCAAGCUGAUCCCUAUAGCAAUGCCAUGCCUUAUUCUCAUGCUAUGCAGCCUAGAAAUGUUGCCAUGCUCAUCAAUGGCACCAUUCCGAACCAGUCCCCCCCGUCGACACAGGUUGUCGAUAUCUAUAACAGUGCCUCGAAUUCCGUCCAGAACCCUAUCUGUGCCAAUGGAAAUACUAUUACCUGUGAUCCUGUCAUUGUGCCUCCACCACCUAUUAGGUCUAGGAAUAACUCUGAAUCCGGUAGGAUUCAACUCCCAACUCUGAACCAUGUGCAGCCGGCAGUUAAGCCUGCCGGUGGAGAACCGGAAGAAACAGAAAGUUCCCAAACUGCCCCCGAAAAGCUUCCUUCUUCUGAAGUUGGACAAGAGGUAGACCCUUCUGCAGGAAGUACUGUACCAACUGGAGCAAAUACCGUAGCCAUCGAUAACAAAAUUGAGCAAGCUAUGGAUUUGGUAAAAAGUCACCUCAUGUUUGCGGUGCGUGAGGAAGUGGAAGUCCUCAAAGAGAAAAUCACUGAACUCCUCGAGAGGAUUUCUCAGCUGGAACAUGAGAAUGAUAUUCUUAGGGCCAAUGCAUCUGCAGAGACUCUGAAGCAGCUAAACAGUCAAUCCCACAAGAAAUCGGCCAGUGGGGGUACAACUGGCAAGUCACCUCCUGUGACUGCUAUUCCUCCGCCUUCCACUUAGUGGGAUUAUAUGCAGCCCCCAUUUAAUUCUUUCAGAGAGCUACAAUGCCUCUUUUUACCCCUUGUUUUCAUAUUCUGUUAAUUUUUUGAAAUUUUUUUUUUUGUUACUAUUGACUUUACAUGGUUUGAUUAUCAAUGUAUGGUUCAUAAGGUUUCUCUCCUUAAUCAUUAAAACUUGCUUCUUGCUAUACACAUAUAUACAUUUUUGAAAUUUAUAAAUCCCAUUUUAGGUCCUAAUAUAUUUUUGUUGACUAUAUUGUUUAAAUUUGUUUUAAAUCAAAUGACAUAUGAAGUAUUUUGGGCACUUUUACUUGAAAUGAUGAAAUCAUUUUGAUUUUGCAUCACUUUUUUUAAUUAUUAUUAUAUCAUAGAUGCAAAAUUAUGUUUUUUGCUGUGAUUGGAGUGUGGAUGAUGACUGACUUUUCUUUUUUCUUGUCUUAAUUCCUUGCAUAGUCGAAACUAGCCAAAUUAGAUUGUAUCUCAUCUCCAAGGAAGGAAGUCAAAUAAAAAGUCAGAUUUCCACAAAUUUGAUUGAAUUUCAACAUUUCAAGCUUUUAAUGCCAUGCUGCCAUCUAUGAGAUUAUCUCUAAUGUUUAAGUUGGCUAUGUUCUAAAGGAGAAUUGUUCAAAUAUAUAUAUUACUGAUCUUGUGUCCAGUAUUGUAAUUUGGAAGUGCCAAGUCAGAUGAAUAAUCUCAUUUACUGUACCUUGUAAUGUUAACUGAAUUUCUCUUGUACCUCAUUUACAUAUAUUUUCAUUUUAGACUCUGCAUUUAUUAAAUGUAGAAUCUGAAUGAAUUCUUUCUUAAUAAUGAAACAUCAUGAUAAUCAAUCCAUGUAAAUUUCUAGCUAUUAAAUUAAAAGUUUUAAUUGCUUUAAGAACUCUUACAUUCCUAUGUGAGUAAAUGUAACUUUAUAGAAGGGAUGAACCCUUCUUUUUAUAAUUUGAUUUUUAUUAUUUUUAAUUGGAACAAGGGGCAUUGGAGGUAUUGAAGAGCGUAAGGCAUAUGCAUGAUAUUUAAGAAGGCAGUUUUUGUUUUGGAUUGUAUUUUUACUUUUUGCAAACAUCAAUAUGCUGUGGUUGUCAUGAGGUUUUGAAACAUUCUGCUUCAUUUUCUUUUUCACAACCUGCUUAUAAUAUCUAUUUCUUCUGUUAAACUCAUGGUUCUGAGAGAUUUCUUCAGAUUGAUACUACUUAAUGAAGAAAUACAUAUGCUGCACUAGGAAAAGAAAAACACCUUGUAAUUGAAAACAAAUACCCUUGUGCACAAUCAUGCUAGCAUACAUGAAGUUACAUAUAUGUGCUAAAGUUAGGACAUAGUUUUGCUGUAAUAGUAGUGGUACAAAUUGAAAAUGUAUAUCAGUGGAAAUAUAUGUAGCAUUGCUGUGCUAUGAAUAACAAAAAAAUAAAUGCAUUUUGCUCUGUGGAAAGUUGUAAUGAGGAACUGUUGCAUGAAGGCAAUAUGAUCUUUCAUGAACUGUGAUAGAUUUUGAAGGGCUAGAAAUGCCCUGAAGAGUGGUAUGUAAUUGCAAGCAUACAGAAUGAUUAUUUUACCGGUGCUUACAAAUGGAUGGUCAUUUCUCAAAACUUAAGCUGAUGAAAAACAACAAAAAGUAAAAAAGUAAAGACAUGAACAACACUUUUGUGUUGUAGCAUCAAAGUUCUGUUGUAAGUAUGGCUAUAAUAAAUCAGUAUCUGUCUUUGUCAGGUCGAUGAACAUUUAACACAAUUCAUCUGGCAUUGACUUUAUUAUCGGAAAUGUUCCAGAAACCGAGAGCAUAUGUGUACUCUAAAAUACUUCGUGCAGUGACAACAUUAAAAAUAAAAAUUCAAUUGAUUUCCAUGUAAUGGCUAUUUUGACAAAUCCUUAUAUUAUUGAAGUUUUUGCAAAACCCAAUGAUAUACAUGUUUCUCAAAAUAACGAUCCAUUUGUAUUUUCAUCUGCUAUUCAAUACAGGUUGUAUGUUCUGUUUUUAGAUAAAGGGUAUUUUUUAGUAGAUAGCUGUUAUAAAGCAAUGUUCUGUGAUACUUAAAAAAACUUCUAUUAAGUUUGCAAAGUCAGAAAAAUUUUUUAUAUAUAAGCUGAUAACUUCAUUUUUAUUUAUCAUUUUCUAUUAUGUAUGUAUACUUGCAGAACCUAUAUCGGCAAGUGUUUUUUUUUUUUUUUCAAGAAAUCUGUUAUUGAAUAACUAAUGAAUGGAAGAGUAAGGAUGGUCUUACUUUGAUUACUUAAAUAACAUACUGCUUAUGAUUUUAUGGUGUUGACUGUAAUUACCAGAAACCACAGCUGCAACUUCACUCAUUAUUUGCCUUUGGAAAAAAAAUUCAGUAAAUUAAGUUCAUACUAAUCCAGAAGAAAGUUUCUGUUAUUAUAUUUAUUGCAGUUUAUUUUCACUUGUGGACAGGCAUAUGACUUCAUUGUACAUAAACAUUAAAGAGAAGUAUAGCUUUAGAAUGAUAUAUAUAUACACUGACAGUGUGAAAGCAUAGCCUAGUCCCUCAAGCUGUUAUAUUUUGUUUUCAUUAGUUUAGAGGGUAAUACAAGAUUCCAGAGUGCCAUAACAUUUGUUAUUUGAAAAUGGCAUCUAUUUACUGAAACCAAUCUUGUAUUUCCCUUUACACAAUUUUCCCCCCCUUUUCUGCCGAAUUAACUGCCAAUCUUGUUUAUGAGAAGUGAACACAUUUGCAGGACCAGUAUUCUAUUAUCUAAAUGCCAUGAUAUCAAAGGCUAUGAAAAGGGUAUGCGCACAACUUUGAACCGAGAGCUAUGUUCAGUAAGUACCUGAUUUUUCAUAAGCUUUAUAAUGUGAUACAUAAAGACUAUUUUGAAGAAGCAAUUUCUCCAUUUCCUCUCUUUUUGCCUUAUUGAUGCUUCACUUGGAGGUGCCUGAAGUUUCGCGUUAUAAAAAGAAAAUUGUUUUUUCUCUUUAGAAAAUUUACCUCUUUAUGCACUUGGAAGUACUAGGACCCCUUCUUGAUGGGGAUUGCAGUACGUGUUAAUAUAUUAGUGUUCUACUUAUUGGGAAAAAUGUGUUUAUUUCUGGGAACAGGAUUGGCAGUGGCUUCUCUCGGAUGAAAUUUGAGUUGAAUACUUAAUUUGUGAUUUUUUUUUUUCAAAGGCAAAGAAAAUGAAUCGUGCUAAGGUGCACUUUUCUCUGCGAUUACACGAGGUUAAAAGUUUCUAUUUGCAUGUAAAACUGUGACAUUUAUGCAGUUUAAUUGGAAACUCUAUGUUUGUAAGCUAUUGUAAUCUUUAACUGUAACUCUUGGUGUCUGAUUCAAUUUUAAGCUGAAACUCCUUUAUGCAGAUAAUCUGUGUACACAUAAUAGUAAAAGAUCUUCUUAGAACCACAUAUUGCUUCUUUUGAAGAAAGCUAGAAAUUAUUUUUGUGGACUUGCCUCAUCUGAUAUUUGGCAUUCUUAUUCAGUAGGUGUACUACUGUGUGACAAAGUUUAUCAUGUUGCAUAAAUAGAUGUGUUGUCUUUCCUAUUAAUUGAACAUAUUUCAUUUAUUGUACAUAUGUGAAAUAAAAGUAAUCUUGUUUGUUAUUUAAAA